AUGUCCCGAGGAGUUUUCCCGGAGCAGCCCGGCCGGGGAGGGACGGAGAUGCUGAGCCGGUGCGAUGCCCUCCUGAGCGGGGCUUGCCCCGGCCGAUACGCGUUGCAGACGGAGCAGCAGCCGGCCCUUCCUCCUCCUGCCCUUCCUCCUGCCAUAAUAAUACUGCGAAAAGGACCGCGAAGGAAUACUUGUCCAAGCACAAGGACAGGGAUACUUUUUGUGAGGUCCUACAGGGAUCUGUAUGCUUACAGAGUGGAUAGGAGUGAUGAUAGUCGCUUUGGCAGCAAUCUAGCAGUAGUUCGCUUGGGCACCAAUGCCUCUGCUCUGGAAAAAGACAUUGGCCCAGAGCAGUUUCCAAUCAAUGAACACUACUUCGGCUUGGUCAAUUUUGGGAACACCUGCUACUGUAACUCCGUGCUGCAGGCAUUGUAUUUUUGCCGGCCGUUUCGGGAAAAUGUAUUAUCAUACAAGGCCCAACAGAAAAAGAAGGAAAAUCUCUUGACUUGCCUGGCAGAUCUUUUCCACAGUAUUGCUACUCAGAAGAAAAAAGUGGGAGUUAUUCCACCAAAGAAGUUCAUAUCAAGGUUACGAAAAGAGAACGAUCUCUUUGACAACUACAUGCAGCAGGAUGCACAUGAGUUUUUAAAUUACCUGCUCAACACCAUUGCAGACAUUUUGCAGGAGGAGAAGAAACAGGAAAAGCAAAAUGGGAAACUGAAAAAUGGCAAUAUGAAUGAAGCUGAAGAGAAUAAUAAACAAGAACUCACCUGGGUGCAUGAGAUUUUUCAGGGAACACUGACUAACGAAACUAGAUGUUUGAACUGUGAAACCGUUAGUAGCAAAGAUGAAGAUUUUCUUGACCUUUCUGUUGAUGUGGAGCAGAACACAUCAAUUACACACUGUCUAAGGUAA